UGUUUUCAAGAGUUAAAUACCAUUUUGGAGGCUAAUUCUCAAACCAUCCGCAAAGGGAGUUCUUGCAGUUCACUGUCUAUAUUUAUUGCAUGACGUAACAGUCCAUCGGUUGAUUUUGCAUGAGUCCUUCUUCAAUUGAACGUGUUAUGUUUAGACAUAUAUCAGUUGUGGAUUGAUAUUCAAAUAUGGAUUCGCGUUAUCCUGAUCUUCAAUCUAUUGUAACUUUACUAUGCUACUUAGUUAAUCUAGUCCCAACUAGGGUCACUUCAUCUUUGAUUUUUCAGUACUUGGGUGGAUAGGAUAACCUCAACUGCGAGGCAUUUUGUCGGCUAAACGUUCAUUUCUUCUUUCUUACUACUUUUUUACUUAUUUCAUACACGGCCCACAAAUAUUGAGGUCAGAUAGGAAGUUCACAUCUUUUUAUUCAAUAUGAAAUGAUAGUCAUUCAUUUUUUGCUGUAGCAUAUGGGUAUAUGAGACUCAAAGGCUUUUGCUACUGUUGCUUGUUUCUGAAUUGCCUGCCUUUUUUUAUCUGAUUUGAUCACAGAUGAUGAUUGGAACCUGCAAGAGAAUUUGAAGAUUAAGUUUAUCUCCUUUAACAGGUUCACCCAUUGAUGCUAUUUCAUACACACACAAUGGAAAAGUUGGAAUUGAUGAAGCCUCAAUUAAAUGUUGCUGUGGCUCUAGUUAUUAGCUUGCUCUGUAUUCAGCAUUCAUUUUGUGAUGAACUUUCUGAUACUGGACCAAACAAGUGGAAAUGUAGAUGCUCUUUAUUACAAGGGAACCAUACAUACUCUCGUGCUAAUUGUUCCAAAUCAUGUGAUUGUCAUUCAGCUUGUAUUUAUGGAAGACAGAAUUCAAGGAAAUUGCCAAAGACAAAUUGAGUAAAACGUGCAAGUAGAUGCUGAACAGAGUGCAUCCAUAUGGACAUGCUUAUGUGAUUCGAAUGGGUUUCCUGAAGUGUCAGCAGAUGGCCAUAACCUUAACUGUUUUGAUGCCUGCAAUUGCACAUGGGGAUCUCUCAGGAUGCCACUUGGUUCAAAGAAGCAAAUUUCGAGCAAGAUUGUAGUAGUUAUUCUAUCAGUAUGUGCUACAUGCACAACUAUUGCAUUUCUUGCCUCAGUUGUAUGUCAGGUCUGCCGAAGGGAGAGAUGUUCUAUUCAAUCACCAAUGAUCUCAUCAGAUAAAGAAACAAGUUACAGUAGCACCACCAACUUAUUCAGUCAUAAGACUUCUUCGCCUGUUAGUCAUAUUACAGGAUGCUUUCAGAAGUCCUCUUUGUUGUUUGGUAGCCAAAGACAAACCUUUUAUGGAAAUAUUAUUCAAUUUUCAUUUGCUGAACUGGAAAAUGCCACCGAAAACUUUUCAACUUCCAAUCUAACUGGACUAGGUGGAAGCAGUUAUGUAUACCGUGGUCGGCUGAAAGAUGGCAGUAAUGUGGCAGUCAAGAGACUGAAAGAUCAAAGAGGGCCUGAGGCAGACUCUGAAUUUUUUACAGAGAUUGAACUAUUGUCUAGACUUCAUCAUUGUCAUCUGGUGCCAUUAGUGGGAUACUGCUCAGAACUAAAAGGAAAAAAUGUUCAAAGGUUGCUAGUGUUUGAAUACAUGACUAAUGGAAAUUUGAGGGACCGCUUAGACGGAGUUUUUGGAAAGAAAAUGGACUGGUCAACUCGAGUUAGAAUUGCAUUAGGAGCUGCAAGGGGCUUGGAGUAUCUUCAUGAAGCAGCUGCUCCUAGAAUUCUGCACAGAGAUGUCAAAUCAACAAACAUUCUUCUGGACAAAAAUUGGCAAGCAAAAAUAACUGAUCUCGGUAUGGCUAAAAGCUUGAGAGCUGAUGACCAUCCCAGUCGUUCAGAUUCUCCAGCAAGAAUGCAGGGAACAUUUGGUUAUUUUGCACCUGAGUAUGCAAUUGUUGGGAGAGCCUCUCUUGAGUCUGAUGUCUUCAGUUUUGGAGUGGUUCUUCUUGAGCUUAUCAGUGGUCGGCAACCCAUCCACAAAUCUGCAGGCAAAGAACAAAGUCUUGUUAUAUGGGCAAGUCCUCGCUUAAAGGAUAGCAGGCGAGUAAUAACCGAGUUGGCUGAUCCACAGUUGAAAGGAAACUUCCCAGAAGAAGAGCUGCAUAUAAUGGCAUACUUAGCUAAGGAGUGCUUGCUGUUGGAUCCUGACACUCGGCCAACUAUGACUGAAGUUGUUCAAAUUCUUUCCGGUAUCUCCCCAGACAGAUCUAGAAGGAGAAGAAACAUUCCAGUGAGAUUUUUUCAGGAACCGGAGGACUUGGAGAAUCAAAGGCAAGCUCCACCAAGUAUAUUUCCAACUUGUAAUUUAUUGCCGUUAGGUGUUGACCACAAUCUUAAUGUUGGCAAUGAAGAUAAAGAUGCACAUACAUUUUCAAGUGGGGAUAUGGAGAGUUUGAUCCUCUUUAGUCCAAAGGGUGAGAACUGGCAUGCAUCAGAGGAGGAAAUGGUAGAUUUAACUGAGCCUCGUUUCGAAUCAUUUUUCAUGACAAACCCCAAUUUCUCUUGAUGAAAGCAUAGAGCAGAAGAAGUCUAAUGCAUUAAUGUUGUGUACUAUGUUACAACUCUUAUACUACACUAUAUUGUGUAUGGUUCAGUGGGAUAUCUAGGAGGAUGCACUUUUCUUCA